CGAGUCUCAAUGAUUUACUGAGACACAGUCUCAUACAAUUGCCUGGCCCGUGGAAGCUUAACAACAUAGUUCAGAUCCUCUCCACCAUGGGACGACUCAUGAUAGCUGCGUUGCUUUGUGUCAUGAUAAGCCAGGGGUUUUGUUCUGGGGUUUUCGAGUUAAAGUUGCAGGAGUUUCUGAACAAGAAAGGGGUGACAGGCAACGCAAACUGCUGUACAGGAUCCGCGCCAGAGGCUCAGCAGUGUGAAUGCAGAACCUUUUUUAGGAUUUGCCUGAAACACUACCAAGCCAAUGUAUCUCCAGAUCCUCCAUGCACCUACGGUGGCGCAGUUACACCAGUGCUCGGAUCAAACUCCUUCCAAGUUCCCGAGAGCUAUCCUGACAGCUCGUUCACCAACCCCAUCCAGUUCUCAUUUGGAUUCACAUGGCCGGGAACUUUUUCGCUGAUUAUCGAAGCGUUGCACACCGAUUCCAACGACGAUCUGUCGACAGAAAACCCAGAGCGUCUGAUCAGUCGUAUGACCACCCAGAGGCACCUAACAGUGGGCGCGGAAUGGUCCCAGGAUCUACAGGUUGGUGGGAGGACAGAGCUGAAGUACUCCUACAGAUUCGUUUGUGAUGAGCAUUACUACGGCGAGGGCUGCUCGGUCUUCUGCCGUCCCCGCGACGACACUUUCGGCCACUUCACCUGCGGAGAGCGCGGAGAAAUUAUCUGCAACUCCGGAUGGAAAGGACAGUACUGCACAGAAUCAAUCUGUCUUUCGGGAUGUGAUGAAGACCAUGGCUUUUGCGACAAACCUGGUGAAUGCAAAUGCAGAGUGGGAUUUAGUGGGAAGUACUGUGAUGACUGCAUCCGCUAUCCGGGCUGCUUGCAUGGCACCUGCCAACAGCCAUGGCAAUGCAGCUGCCAAGAGGGUUGGGGAGGCCUCUUCUGUAACCAAGAUCUCAAUUACUGCACACAUCACAAACCCUGCCAGAAUGGGGCCACUUGCACCAACACUGGCCAGGGAAGCUACACCUGCUCAUGCAGACCUGGCUUCACUGGGGACAGCUGUGAGAUUGAGGUCAACGAAUGCUCUGGCAGCCCGUGCAGAAAUGGAGGCAGUUGCACUGAUCUUGAAAACACCUACAGCUGCACGUGUCCUCCUGGUUUCUAUGGAAGAAACUGCGAGCUGAGUGCCACGACUUGCGCCGACGGCCCCUGCUUCAACGGUGGACGCUGCGCUGACAACCCCGAAGGAGGAUACUUCUGUCAGUGCCCGACGAGCUACGCUGGGUUCAGCUGUGAAAAGAAGAUUGAUCACUGCAGCUCCAACCCUUGCUCAAACGGGGCUCAAUGUCUAGAUCUCGUGGACUCCUAUCUUUGUCAGUGUCCUGAGGGUUUCACUGGAACGCACUGUGAAGACAACAUUGACGAGUGUGCCAACUAUCCCUGCCAGAACGGAGGCACGUGCCAAGACGCACUCAACGACUACACCUGCACCUGCCCGCCUGGAUACACCGGGAAGAACUGCACCUCUGCGGUCAACCAGUGCGUCCACAACCCAUGUCACAACGGUGCCACUUGUCACGAGAGGGACGGCCGCUAUGUGUGCGCUUGCAUCCCGGGUUACGGAGGACGUAACUGUCAGUUCUUGCUCCCAGAGAACCCACGGGGACAAGCCGUUGAGGGAGCCGACAAAAGAUACUCUUAUGAUGAGGACGAUGGUGCCUUUCCUUGGAUGGCGGUUUGUGCUGGGAUUAUAUUAGUGCUUUUAGUCCUGAUCGGCAGCGCCAUCUUGGUCGUCUACAUCCGUCUUAAGCUGCAGCAGAGGAGCCAGCAGAUCGAUAGCCAUAGCGAAAUCGAGACCAUGAAUAACCUGACCAAUAACUGCAGCCGAGACAAGGACUUGUCCGUAAGCGUCAUCGGAUCCACGCAAGUGAAGAACAUCAACAAGAAAGUGGACUUUCAGAGCGAUGCCGCAGGCGGGGAAAAAAACGGAUUCAAAUCUCGUUACUCGCUAGUGGAUUACAAUCUUGUUCAUGAGCUGAAGCAGGAGGACUUGGGAAAAGAGGACUCUGAGAAGAGCGAAGAAACAAAAUGCGAGGCUCUCGAUUCCGACUCAGAGGAGAAACACAGGCAUCAUUUAAAAAGCGAUUCUUCAGAGAGGAAACAUACAGAAUCAUUGUGCAAAGACACAAAGUACCAGUCAGUCUUUGUUUUAUCAGAGGAGAAGGAUGAAUGUAUUAUUGCAACCGAGGUGUAACACCACAAUGGAGCUGUAGCUCGUCUCGUUCUACAGGAGGUUUUACUCCAGUAAUGCUGCUCAAACCAGAGGGAAUGUUUCCUUCAUGUGACUGCUGCUGUGAAACUUAUGUUGAAGGUGAUAUUCAGAAUGAGCUGGUUCUCAACUGAAGUAAACACAGUGACUGCAGGAAAGGACGUUGGGCCAUACUGGCUCGGACUCUCAAAGUUUGUUUCCCAGGAACGUGCCAAAUGGACUGCUGCACUUCCUGUAGGGACGGUUUUACCUCAUUGCACUAUGAUGGGUUGUAUUUUUAAUGUAUUUAACACACAAUUGAAUCGGAUACUGUGUAUGCAUAUGCACUGACUGCAGUGUGUAUCUGGAAGUUCUCUGAUCAUUACAUAGAUCAGAAGAGGAAAAACACUGCCAUCAAUUAUGUUUGUGACUGAUUUGUUUUUUUUGAAAGCUUGUAUUUCUUUUAUUUAAGCGUUAUUUGUGAUCAGCGUGUUUGUGGUUUCUUUUCCCGUGUGUUUGAAGUUUGAUGUAAUUUAAAAUCUCUUUCAUUUUGCAAAUUUGUCUAUUGUAAAUAAGGCACUUCGGGUCGAUGUGACUGUUUUCUAAUGUAAAUGUAUUUAAACAUGCUGUCAAAAUUUACAGGAAUUGUUUUUAUGACCGUUG